AUGGAUGGUUCACGUACAUCGAAGGACAGACCCCGUCGAAAGAUCGCCCGGGUCGACUACCGUGAGGGCGGCAAUCAGGCAGCCCUCGGUGGAGAUGAAGAGUAUGCUGAGGACGAGGCACCGUCCAAUCCAGCCAGAUACCCGACAUCCAAGCAGCUAGACAGUGUCAAGGACGCAGCCAAGCUCGCUGACCUGCAAACUCAGUUUGAUAAUGUCAAGAGUCGCUUCGACGUCUCGCUCGAUCCUGCAUUGGUCUAUGUUCCUCAGAAUCAAUGGCGGCCUAUAUAG